GCAUCGCAUCGCAUCGCAUCGCAUCGCAUCGCAUAGGCGUUCCUUGUUCAUCGGCGCUUCACUUCUCCUCUAUUUGGCGCCGACACACGUACCUUUCGAAAAGCUGUCUGGACACGCGCGGUGAACCGGAACUCGCGCGCCGACUUCCCGCGGGCGGCCGCGGUGGCGUUGGAGAUGGCGGACGAUACGAAGGAGGCCGAUGCGCCUACGGCGGCGGCGGGCUUAGCCGCCGAACAGUCCAGAAAGUAUGCUCCGGGAGUCGUGCUCGGCAAGGAUGGCAAGCCAUGUCGGAGUUGCACGUCCUUCACCGCUUGGACGGCGCAGGCCAAGGCAUGGGCCAAGCAUGAUGAGAACAGUAGCAGCAGCGGGGGCAGCAACACGGCAGCGGCGACCGCUCCCACAACGAGGCCGGCCAGGCCAACAGCAGCAGGGGCAGGCGCAGGAUCAGCGGCGUCAGCCCCGUCCGGCCCGCCGGCCGACUGUCCUCCGGACGUCGAGGUGCUCGGGCGCAGCUCGUGGACGUUGCUACACUCCAUCGCAGCGACGUACCCGGAGAGGCCGUCGCGUGGGCAGCAGUCGGACCUGCUGAGCUUUGUCAAGCUCUUCUCGAAGCUGUACCCGUGCUGGGUCUGCGCCGAGGACUUUCAGACGUAUAUGGGCCGUGAGGCGCCGCGCGUGGGCAGCCGUGGCGAGUUUGGCAUGUGGCUGUGCGGCGCGCACAACGAGGUCAACCGCAAGCUCAGCAAGCCCGAGUUUGACUGCUCCAAGUGGGAGGAGCGGUGGCGCACGGGCUGGAAGGACGGGAGCUGCGACUGACGAGGCUGGCCUCUUUCGUUGGUGUUGUCAGGUACGCCGAGGCGGCGGCGGCGGCGGCGGCGGUGUGCGCCUGUGCCUGUUGCCAUUUCCUGGGUCCCCGGCCGUAGGCUAUCAAGCCUGACGAUAAGUGACGGCCCGGCAUGAGUGGAUAGGGAGUGGCGUCUGGCUGCCGGCUCUUUUGGCUCAUGGGUAGGUAUUUCACGUGCCGGAGCGAGUGGGGGGAGAGGCGGACGGAUAUCGGAACCAUCUCCUGUCAAUGACAUUUACGGUCGAAACCUGGAUUUUUUUUUUCUAUGCCCAUUCUCCUCCUGUUGCUAUCGAACUAGCUAGCUACUCUGAAGGGAGGAGCUAUAUGGCAAGGUACGCAUGUAUGAAUAUGUACGAUGAGUGGCACAUGGAUGGACAAGGAAUAUAGAAUAAGAACAGAUUAAACGUACAAAAGUAUUCCCUCAGUCAAGGUUGUUCGCCGAAGGGCCGGGGAAGGGCCGG